UUCUUCACAUAAUAACUAAGUUGUAAUUUUCUCUUCUUUUUCCUAUUGAACAUGGCUUCUCUUCAACAGCCCAUUUUAGCUGCAUGCCUUCUUGCUUUUCUUCGGGGUGUUUAUUCAUCAACGUUUACAAUCAGGAACGAGUGCAGCUAUCCAGUUUGGACGGGGAUUCUCUCUGGCGCUGGAACACGGGAACCGUCCACCACAGGUUGUCUUCUCCAGCCAGGGAAAUCCACAUCCCUCCGUUUAUGAGGACACACUCUACACUCUCUCUGCACCCAAGAUUCCUCCGGUAAAUUCUCUUGUCUCACUGGAGAUUGGGGCUCUUCCUCUAUGGCAUGCUCCGGUGGUGGCGUUGCUCCUCCUGCAACUCUGGCCAAAUUCACAUUAAAUGGUGCAGGAGGGCUUGAUUUUUACGAGGUCAGUCUUGUGGACUGCUAUGAUCUGCCAAUGAUGGUGGCCGGCGGGACCAGAGGGAACUGCUUGUCCACUGGAUGCACCGCCGACUUGAACGAUGAAUGUCCCGUGGAGCUUAAGAUUAUUGAUGAGAGUAAUGAACGGAUGGUGGUGGCGCGCAAGAGCGCUUGUGAUGUCGGAGACGCCCAGCACAGCUGCGGAGGGGCGUACGCGUCCCCGGACACUUGCAAGCCCAGCACUUAUGUGGAAUUCUUCAAGAACGCCUGCCCUCAAGCUUAUGUCUAUGCAUAUGGCGAUGGGACCAGCACAUUCACCUGCCGCAGCGCAGAUUACGUCGUUACUUUCUGUCCUAGUCUUCCAACCAGAUUGAAUUUGAUAGCAACUGCAGCGAAGCCUAUUCUUGAAGAGACAGCUGCCGCAAAAAAGCCCUGCAGUACUUCACCUACAACCGCUACUAGUGACGUUGUUAAUUUUCUUCCUCGUUACCCCAGGAGUCUGCUGGGUAAACCAUCAGAUGUUAAUUUCAACGCUCCACCAUCAACCCCGAAUCAGAAGAGCUGGAAUUUGGAUAAGGAAGACCCACCAAGCCCUCCUGCGCCAACUGGCAAUCCACCGGUCCAUGAAUAAGGUUCAGUGCACCAGUUUUAAUGAAUGAAGUUUGUGUAGUAUGAUAAAAACCAUGAAGAAGGUCUAGUCCACAAUGAAUGAAGUUUGUGUGAUUUGAUAAAAGGAAACAUAAAUCUAUUCUGAUCCUUAUGUCUGGCUUGGUAGUUAAGAUUAAGAUUAUUGGUUAAUGAGAAUUACCUUUUGUAAGUUAUGUUUUUGAGCUCCAUGAGAUUCCCUUUUUCCAGUCUUCCUUUUUAGGUAGUUUUAUCUUUUUCAGCUUGUUUGAUUAGAAUAAAAUAUAAAAAAAUUA